AAGAGGGGGAAACACUAAGUAAAAGUCACCAACAAUUUAAAACAAGUUUUAACCUCAAAAACCAUUACAAUCAAUACGAUAAUAAUAUUACAUUGGAAAUUAAUGAAAUAUAUUAAAAAUGAAAAGACUCUCUGAGGAACGAACCAAAACCUUGUUUGAAAAGUUGGCAAAAUAUAUAGGACCCAACGUUAAGUUACUAAUAGAGCGAGCAGAUGGAAUUUACUGCUUUCGUGAACAGAAAGACCGAGUUUACUACAUUUCUGAGAAAAUUUUAAAACUGGCCGAAAGUGUGCCAGCAGACCAACUAAUUUCUGCAGGAACAUGUUUUGGGAAGUUUACAAAAUCGAAUAAAUUUCGUUUGCACAUAACUGCGUUGAGUUAUCUGGCGCCUUAUGCUCAGUGCAAAAUUUGGCUAAAACCGUCAGCAGAACAACAAUUUCUUUAUGGUAAUCAUGUUUCCAAGGCUGGAUUAGGCAGAAUUAGUGAAAAUACGGAGAAAUACCAGGGGGUUUUGGUGUAUAGUAUGUCUGAUUUGCCCUUAGGGUUUGGGGUUGCGGCAAGAUCGACAGCAGAAUGUAAACAUGCAGAUCCAUUGACGCCCGUUUGUUUCCACCAAGCAGACAUCGGAGAGUACAUUCGAUCAGAGGAAAAUCUUUUGUAAUUCAAGCAAUAAAUUUGUAAAAUUCGUA